AUGCCACUUCUCUUUCAUCCAGGGAAAAACCACAAUCCAAAAGGAGUCUGUCAAGCAGUACGUACAAUUCCACCUCGCCGAGUAAAACCCAAUGAAUAUGGAGAAAUAUUGACCCCAUUUCCUUCUGUGUACCAUGUCCUGCAUUUCCAUACUGUCAUUGAUGGUCACAUGAAUUCGCAGGAAACGAAUAGCAAAAUCACACGUUUUGCACUCAAACCAAAAUUUUACGCUUCAAAUGAACCAAAACCUGCCUCAUCUGGGCAAAUGUUUUUGAGAAGCGCAGCAGCCGCUUUGUUGGUGACUUCCUUUCUAUGCGUUAUCUUGUUGGAUUUAUUUGUUUCAAGCCACUGGGACUGGAAUUUACCCAAGGUGAAACAGCAGCGCUUCGACACGUAUACGUACAUAAAGAACUGUCCAAACAUAUGGGAUGUCUAUCAGGAUUCAAACUCCUCCUUACACUGUCAACGAGUUCUUGAAAGGAAAACUCGUGAUUUAACGCAGUUGGAGCAAACCUGGCUUGCGAACCUUUCCUGUGACAAUAUGGUGGAAAAGUGUGAAA